AUGGGGGAGGGGGAGGGCUUUAAGCAGUUCCCAGCUUCACCCCGGCUCUCUUACAGCUUUAUCUGGGACAAGACAGAUGCGUACAGCCAGAGAGUCUAUGGACUCGCAGAGGCUGUAGUAUCCGUGGGCUUUGAGUAUGAAUCAUGCCUGAAUGUGAUCCUAUGGGAGAAGCGGACAGCCACGCUGCAAGGAUAUGAGCUGGAGGCCUCCAGCAUGGGCGGAUGGACCCUGGAUAAGCAUCACAUCUUGGAUGUGCCAAACGGGAUCCUGUAUAAGGGAAAUGGUGAGAACGUCUUCCUCUCCCAGCUUCCUCCCAUCAUCAGCACCAUAAUGGGUAAUGGCAGACGCAGAAGCAUCUCCUGUCCGAGCUGUAAUGGGCAGGCGGAGGGAAAUAAACUGCUGGCUCCUGUUGCUCUCGCAUGGGGCAUCGACGGGAGCCUGUUUGUUGGCGACUUCAAUUACAUCAGACGCAUCUAUCCAUCAGGCAAUGUCACUAGUGUCAUGGAGCUCAGAAAUAAGGAUUUCAGGCACAGUAACAAUCCCGCUCACCGCUACUACCUGACCACGGAUCCCAUCACGGGGCGGCUCUACGUGUCCGACACCAACUCCAGGCGCAUCUACAGCCCACAGGCACUCAUGGCCAGCUCUGAGUCCCAGCAGAACGUGGAGGUUGUGGUGGGAACCGGAGAUCACUGUCUGCCUUUUGAUGAAACUCAGUGUGGAGACGGAGGACCAGCCACUGAGGCUCUCCUUACAGGACCCAAAGGGAUCGCCGUUGACAAGAACGGACUGAUCUACUUUGUGGAUGGGACCGUGAUCCGGAAGGUGGAUCAGAACGGCAUCAUCUCCACCCUGCUGGGGUCCAAUGACCUUGCCUCUGCUCGACCCCUGAGCUGCGACUCGGUUAUGGACAUCCAUCAGGUGUCUUUAGAAUGGCCGACAGAUCUGGCUGUUAGUCCGAUGGAUAACUCAUUGUUUGUGCUGGAUGGCAGUGUGGUUUUGCGGAUCACUGAGGAGGGGCAGGUCAGCGUGGCAGCGGGCAGACCCCUUCACUGCCCCAUGCCUUCUACAGACAUCCUGGUGACAGAAACACAGCGAGCCACGCAUACCCAUCUGGAAUCCCCAAGUGCCAUCGCCAUCUCCUUCAGUGGAGAGCUGUAUAUCGCGGAGACAGACGAGAGGAAGAUGAGCCGCAUACGCAGCGUGGCAGCAGAUGGCGAGAUCACUCACCUGGCGGGGGCGCCUUCAGACUGCGACUGCAAGACCGACGUCAACUGUGAUUGUUACCUUACAGGAGACGGCUUCGCUAAAGAUGCCCGGCUGAACGGGCCGUCCUCUCUUGUGGCAGCUCCGGAUGGAACCCUGUAUGUAGCCGACCUGGGAAACAUUCGCAUUCGAGUGAUUGGAAAAAACAAGCCUGCACUUAACAGCAUGGGCUUGUAUGAAGUGGCAUCUUCUGGGGAGCAGGAAGUGUACAUGUUUGACAGUAAUGGCACGCACCAGCACACGGCCAACCUGAUCACUGGAGACUUCAAAUAUAACUUCAGCUAUAGCAAUGAGGGAGAUCUGACCUCGGUGGCUGACAGUCAUGGGAACACGCUACGGAUUCGCCGGGAUGCCAGCCGCCUUCCUGUCCGCAUCGUUGCACCUGACAACCAGGUUAUUUGGCUAACUGUAGGCUCGAGUGGUGGGUUUGAAGACCCUUGGCACACAGGGGCGUGA